AUGCGACAAAACCGCAUUGUGCGACCAGAUCUAGGCCACUCGAUAGCCCGGCUUUUCAUUCUUUUCCCCGGUAUUCUAUCGAGGUUUCGGAACCUUUCAGUACACUUUGCCUUAGGAGAUUGGGCUGCCAACGUCGCUGCAUUUAUGCUGCUCACCGAGUCGUUCGGCUGGAAAAGGGGCCGACAACCGGAAAAUUCGAUCGAAAUUCAAAUUGACUCGGCAUUCGCCGUUGUUGAUUUUCUACGAUCCACCAUCACUGAAACGCGACAUUUCUUUACCACAGUUACUUUUCUAUCACCAGACGGCUGCAUCUGUCCCGUUUCCAUGAUGUCCCCAUCCGACAUGUCGUUCAUCGAAGAGCGUAGACCGGCUCCUAUCGACCGACUUUUUGUCGAAAUUCUCAUUUACAUAUUUCAUAUGAGUGUUCUCGACCGCGGUUCUUACUUCGAGCAUUUCGAUGUUAUUGACUACCAGGGGGGCCCAUGGAAGCUUGGGCAAAUAUGCUCGCCCUGGAGGCAAAUUGCCAACAACACAUCUACCUUGUUCAAGGUAACAUUGGAGCGCUCUUCCUGCCUUCCCCUGGACCUGCGGUUAUUCCUUAGCUACGGGUAUCCUCUCGAGGUGAAGAGUACGAUCUAUCAGCUAGCUAUUGCUCAGUCGUGGCGGUGGGAGCACUUAACCAUCACCCCUGAUCGCGAUGUUCUUCCUUUUUUAUCCGACAUACCUGGCUGUCAGCUUAACAAACUAUCUCACCUGACAGUCCAUUGUCAUGAAUUGCGGACACCUCAGCAUAUCGAUGCAUUCCAGGACCCCCCCGCUUUGCGUACUGUUGAACUUCUUACCAACUCCGCGGGCGACCACUUCGAACUGCCAUGGAAUAAUAUCGUCGCAUUCUUCGACUAUACGUAUUGGGGGUUUCCUGAACACGUACGUCAUGUUAUUGAUGUGAUUCAGCAGUGCGCAAACCUACAGAUACUUCAUAUGCAAUUGUUAUACUUUUCACCCUCCGAAGUGGUUAGCAUUACCCCUCCGUUUCGAUCAAGUUUGCGAGAUCUCACGGCAUGUCAAGGUGCCAUAUUUCGGAGCGUAAUUUUGCCCCAAUUAGAGAAAAUACGUGUCGUUCCUAGCGCGAAUGCACUUUGUCCUGAUGACGCUCUUCCAGAUCUUCCGAGCCUCCUCCAAUGCUUGCAGUGUUCUCUCGUAUCACUCGAGCUCGUCGAUGUCAUCUUCACUGACAUUAUUUUUCACAUUCUCCAUUGCACCCCACACAUCAACACUCUCAAACUUUCCACACAAUGCUGGGCCACCGGCUACGAUCGCAUAUUCAAAGCCCUCAUUGACCGCUUGGCUUCCCAUCCCUCUACUCAGCAAAGCUUUCUUCCUCUCCUCAGGAAUCUUCAUAUCACUAUCGAUGAUGUCUUCAUAAACAUACCCUGUGCUUUCGUUGAUCAUGUUUUCUUUGACAUGGUAUCUUCUAGAUGGAACACUAGGAUCUUGUCGGCCGUCACCCUGGAUAUGUCGGAGCCAGGGAAGGACUUGAGUUGGGGAUUGACUCAGGAACAUAUCAAAGAGUUUCGCAAGUACCAAAAAGAUGGAUUGGGUAUCAAACUUGGCGUCUUACGUGUCGAUCGCGAAGCUGAAGGCGUUUCCUUUAUGAGGAAGAGAUACGUCUAA